ACAGAGAACCAACUGGAAGCUCUUCAUUCAUUCAUCCCUGCUCUACACGAGCUUUUAUGAGGACUACCAGCAGCGUUAGCUAGCUAGCCAUUUAGCUGGCUGACCAUAGCUUUGGGUUUGCCGACUAAGAUGGCACACUUGAAGCUUUAAAAACCCGGCUGUCCAAAAUAUGAAACUCCUCCUUUAUUGUGCGAACCAGCAGGGAAUCGGACAAUCAUCAGUGGUGCAGCGGACGUGGUGGUUUUCUAAUAAAGGAUCAUGUGGUGGGCCUGGCCGUUCCUGCCUGCUCUGGUGCUUCUCUCAGAGCUCUCUGUAGUGAGAGUCCAGACAGCACCAUGCCAGACCUGUCGAAAGCUCACUGAAAGUUUCAUUAAGGGCUUGGAGAAAACAGCUAACAAGAACUUUGGGGGUGGUAACACUGCCUGGGAAGAAGAGAAGCUGGCUAAAUAUGCACGCAGUGAGACUCGGCUCCUGGAGAUAGUAGAGGCAGCUUGUGAGAAAACUGAUUUUGAAUGUAACCGGCUGCUGGAGCAGAUAGAAGACCAAGUGGAGACAUGGUGGUUCCACAGGCAACAGGAGGCACCAGACCUGUUUGAGUGGCUGUGCAUAGAGGAACUGAGACUCUGCUGUCCACCUGGACACUUUGGACCUGACUGCAAAGAGUGUCCAUCAGGCCCUGGUGGUGUGUGUGGAGGUCUGGGCCGCUGUGAGGGGGAGGGAACUCGCCUGGGAGAUGGAGAGUGUGUCUGUGAUCCUGGAUACUCGGGCCAUCUGUGCCAGAGCUGUGCUGAUGGCUACUACCGAGAGAAAAGCUCCAACAUCAGCACAGGAGCCUGUGCAGCUUGCUACCACUCUUGUAAGAAAUGCUCAGGGCCGCAGGACUACAAAUGCCUUGACUGCAAACCUGGCUGGAUCCUUCAUGACAACAAGUGCGUGGACAUUGACGAGUGUGGUACAGAGCUGGGUCGUUGUCCUUCUAACACGUAUUGUCACAACACAGAUGGAUCAUAUGAAUGCAGAGGCUGUGACCAGGCAUGUGUGGGAUGCAUGGGUAGCGGUCCUGCUCGCUGCAAGAAAUGUGCACGUGGCUAUAGAUUGAAAGGAGCCAAGUGUCUUGAUAUAGAUGAAUGUAGUGAACGUGCAAUAGCAUGCCCAGGACUCAAUGAGGCCUGUAUCAACGAGGAGGGCUCCUUCCACUGUGACUGUGCUGAUGGAUUCAUCAGAAGAGACAGCAUUUGUGUUGAGAAUAAGCCUCCUGCUGGUCCAGAGAAAGGACUGUUUGAUGACAUGACAGAUGAUGAGGUCCUUGUACUGCAGCAGAUGUUCUUUGGCGUUGUAAUCUGUGCCUUAGCUACGCUCGCGGCUAAGGGUGACAUGGUUUUCACUGCCAUUUUCAUUGGCGGUGUGGCUGCUAUGGCUGGAUACUGGUUGACAGAAAAGGGAGACUACAUGCUGGAUGGAUUCCUGAAAGGACGCUAGACUGUCUGUGGCCACAGUUUAAUAAAAGGACCGUGGAAUACCAGCCAGUGAAAGCAAAUAAGACUCAACUGGGGCAGGAGACUAUCCCUACAAUGUUAGUCUAUCAGGGAUUUCUUUUGGUUUGGGGAAUUACUUGAAAGGGCUUGGGUUCAUAUAUGUUUAUGAAUAGGAUAAUGCAGGAAAAAGGGAGAACUUUAAGGCUAUGGAGCCAUACAUCUUGAAGAGGAAAUAACAAAGAUACACCGCACUGAUAUAAAGGAACUUAAACCCCUACCUCAACUUUGUUGGGAUCUAGGGUGACAUGAAGACCACUACUGAUUGUUAAAAUCUAUUAUGCAUUUGGAUGUUCCAUCUGGCCUCAAUGUUGCUCGAGAAAUGAUGUCGUUUUCUUCCACACAAUCAAAACCUCCAGUCUUCAUGUGUUUUUUUUUUCCACUGUCUACACUAUGAA